AUGGCGUGGGAGGUGGAUGCUACAUGGAAGGCCAUGGAGACUGAUGUCCUGGAGGCUUCCACCAGAAGUAGGGACAAAAAGUCCUUACAGCUAAAACGAGACAAGUCAGGUCAUGAAAGGGAAGAGGUGGUGUUCAUACUGGUAGGGGGCUUUUUGAUGACCCUAGAGCCCCUUGCCAGCCCCACAGCUGUGCUGUCUCAACAGGACCUUCUGUACAGCUGCAGGCUGGAUCCAGAGAGAAAAAUGCUGGAGAAGAUUCAGAAGAUGCUGACAAUCCAUAGCAGCUCUGUCAGGGAGCUGCUGGCAGAAGCACUGGGGAUGUACGUGCUGAUGGUCUUGGGCUUAUCCUGUGUGGCACAAGUGGUAUUAGGAAAAGGAGAAUUCGGGCAGUACCUGAGCAUCAAUUUGGGAUUUGGCAUUGGGGUCACCAUGGGGAUCCAUGCAGCUGGAGGCAUCUCUGGAGCUCAUCUGAAUGCUGCCAUCACACUCACACAUUGCAUUUUUGGAAACCUUCCCUGGAGAAAGCUUCCAGCUUAUCUGCUUGGCCAGUUCCUGGGCUCCUUUCUGGGAGCAGCCACUGUCUUUGGACUCUACUACGAAGCGCUGUAUGACUAUACCAAGGGGAAUUUUACAGUGACAGGACCAACUGGCACAGCAUCGAUCUUCUCCACUUACCCUUCUCCCUAUAUGUCCUUAUCCGGGAGCUUUUUCUCAGAGUUUAUGGCGACGGUGAUGUUGUUCUUGGGCAUUUUGGUCAUCCAUGAUGAGAAAAAUAAUGGAGCCCUGAAAGGCACACAGGCUCUGCUCACGGGUAUCCUGGUUCUGGGCAUCGGUAUGGGGAUGGGAAUGAACACAGGCUACGCCAUAAACCCCUCCCGAGACCUGCCGCCGAGAAUCUUCACAGCAAUUGCUGGCUGGGGAAUGGAUGUCUUCACGGCUGGAAAUUAUUGGUGGUGGGUGCCACUCGUAGCUCCGACACUGGGAAGUCUUGCUGGCGGUUUAAUCUACAAACUCUUAAUUGAUAUUCACAAUCAACCUGUCCUGGAGCAUGGAAAUGAAAAAGGACAGACAAUCAUUGAAAGUGCCACAUUGUGAUGGCCAUCCUGACAGCAAAUCCUGGGUGGACAUGUGCAUUGACAGCUGAAGACUAAUCAAGUGGGUAAGGGAACGUGCAAUGGCAUUGCUGAAGUGCAUGCUUUUCUCACCUUGCAAGUGAAUAAAUGAGAGAGUAGCUUAAUAUAAAUCUGUUCUGCUUAACCAGACAAACAGGGUCUCUACGACACUGGGCAGACCUGAGAAGGUCAAGACCUGUUUAUGAACUGAAGAAAUUAUUCAAUCUUUCUGAGUAAAAAUCUGCUCCCAAAAAUCACAUUCUGGAAAUGCAAAAGUCCAGUCGCCUGUAAGUUAGUUGCAAUCACAUGUAAGAUUCAACAUGGCUGGAAUAAAAAUCAGUCAAAUGAAAAUCAGGGAAUACCUACACUGUUGCAGAAACAAAGAAGUUUUGAUCUGGAAUACUCUGCUAAAAAAUUGUAGCUAUUACACUGAUGAA